AUGAGCGAUUACGACGAUGUCGACUCUGGUUCCCAUCUCCCACCAUCAUCAGCCGUAUCUUCAUCACCAGCAGUCGUGGAAUUCGUAUCCAACUCCGGUGUAUUACCAACAACCGUCAGCUCAUUGAUCCGCCAGCCUGGCACCACCCUUUGGGAGAUUCCGACCCUCAUCGUCCCGCCAACUUGUCGAGUCGACCAGUUGAUAGUCGGCUUCAUUCAGGACUGCCGCCGACUGUCGCAACUUGAGUCUCUCGAUAACAUCCUCCGACCUAGUAGGGUCAAUGUGAAGAAUUUCCUCGAGUAUCAUCCGGCCUCGCCUUCGACAGAACCUCCACGAUGCCAGCUAGCCGACCUUGAUCGAGCCGCUUCCACAACAGUCACGGGUCCUGGCGCCAAGCAUCCCAUGGCUGAGCUUAUCACCGCUCUCGUCAACAAGGCAGGUGUCACCAACGUCAUUGAACGCCUGGCAGUCUUCGCCAUCACUCAACGAGCCAUCGCUUGGCUGGUACACCCAACGCUUGAGGCAUAUCAAGCCAUUGUGCCUGAACUCACGCCGAAGCCGUGCCAGACAAGAAUCCCGCAUCCUCAGUGGGUCGAUCUCAUUCUUUGGGCACCUCUGCGCACUGCCAUCAUCGAACGGCAGGAGCUGUAUGCCAACGAAGAAUUCCAAGGCGUCUACUCGUCUAGCUUGAGACUGAUCAGUUGGGCGGCACGUCCAAUUGACGCCUUGGUGGUUGACCCGCAAUCUGGAGAGAUGUGGCUCAGCGACACGUUUACUGCCCACGCAAUGCGCCUCGAAAACUGGCGCCUCAAUGAGAACUUUGUUCGCCGUUACCCCGAGCUUCGUGGCUGUGUUGCAGUCGAAGGUUCCUGA